GCUUAGGAAGCUGGACCCUUGCCUUUCCCGGAUUUCAGGCUAGCGGAGCAUCCUCAGGUGUCUGCCAAACACCUGCAACCGCCUGGCUCGGGACACUUGUUGAAAGUGCGGAUUCGGGAGCUAGAUCGAGAGCGAGGCUCUUGGUGCAUAGCUUUCCUGCAAAACGGCUUCCGCAAAAAGGGACCUUCGGGAAAUUUCUCUGGACCCCGCUGAAAUUGACAUCCCAGCUUCCGUGGGCCUAUUCAGGUUUCCGGGCAGAUUGAUUUCGAGGCAACAUGUCCGCAUCUGUGAAAGAAUGCCUUCAGCUUCAGCUGCUGGAGAUGGAAAUGCUGUUCUCUAUGUUUCCUAACCAAGGAGAAGUAAAACUUGAAGAUGUUAAUGCUCUGACGAAUAUAAGAAGAUAUCUGGAAGGCACAAGGGAGGCGCUGCCACCAAAAAUCGAAUUUGUGAUUACACUUCAGAUUGAGGAGCCCAAGGUGAAAAUUGAUUUGCAAGUAACCAUGCCUCACAGCUACCCCUAUGCAGCGUUGCAGCUAUUUGGGCGGUCACCUGAGCUUGACAGACAGCAGCAGUUACUUCUGAACAAAGGUCUUACUUCUUAUGUAGGGACUUUUGAUCCAGGUGAGCUGUGUGUGUGUGCAGCCAUCCAGUGGCUACAAGACAACAGUGCCUCCUAUUUCCUGAACAGAAAACUUGUUUACGAACCAUCUACACAAGCAAAGCCAACCAAGAACACAUUCCUCCGAAUGUGGAUCUACAGUCACCAUAUUUAUCAGCAGGACCUAAGGAAAAAAAUUUUGGACAUUGGGAAAAGGUUAGAUGUGACAGGAUUUUGCAUGACAGGAAAGCCUGGUAUAAUCUGUGUAGAAGGUUUCAAAGAGCACUGUGAGGAAUUCUGGCACACAAUCAGGUAUCCCAAUUGGAAACAUAUUUCCUGUAAACAUGCAGAAAGUAUAGAAACUGAAGGAAAUGGGGAAGAUCUGCGCCUUUUCCAUUCUUUUGAAGAAUUACUCCUUGAAGCCCAUGGUGACUAUGGGUUAAGGAAUGACUAUCACAUGAAUCUGGGCCAAUUCUUAGAAUUUCUUAAAAAACACAAAAGUGAGCAUGUUUUCCAGAUACUAUUUGGUAUUGAAAGCAAAAGUUCUGACUCCUAAGAAGUUAAAAGGCCUAUGUUUACAACUUCACUAAGUUAAUAUUUAUGUUGAUAAGACCAAAAUAAAAGGACCAGUGGCUGUUCAAUGUCCUCUGUGAAAAAUCUAGCUCCCAAAUUUUUCCCUGGUAAUAAAAUAUAGGCCCGUUGACUUUAUGACAGUAAAGGCAUUGUGUUAACUCUGUGAUCUUGUGUUAACUGAAAACUAUUUAAUUGUAAAACAAUAAAAAAAA